AAGAGCAUGCGAUGAGGAAAGGGAAAGCGUACUGGAGGUGGGCCCUGGCAAGAAGGCAGAGAACAAAGGACUCUCCAGGGAGACUGGGAACUGAAGAAGGAAGCGAAUGUGACUGGACUUGUUCCCGAAUUCCCCAGAAGCCUGUGCUGUAAGACUAAGAAUAAAGAGCCUGUAGCAAUCUGUACACACAAGCACCUGUGACAUUCCUCUCUAUGCAAAUAUGUUGGAUUUCUUCACAGAAAGCUCAUGAAAUGAAGGUAAAAGCCACACAGAAGCCUUCACAGGCGGAGCUGUUGGACACGUGCUUUUCAUGUGAGAAAUGAAGGGAGGCUUUGGGCGGAAGAAGUAGCCUCUUGCUGUCUUGUGACUAUCACUUACGCAUCAUAGAAACCACAGUGCAGACACGAGCCGAGACAGAGACAGGGUACAAGAAAGUGACACCAUUGUCUUCAUAGAGUUGCACCAUGCCAAACUACAAACUGAUUUAUUUUAAUAUGAGGGGGAGAGCAGAAAUUAUUCGUUAUAUAUUUGCUUAUUUGGACAUAAAGUAUGAAGAUCACAGAAUAGAACAAGCUGACUGGCCCAAAAUCAAACCAACUCUUCCAUUUGGCAAAAUCCCUGUUUUGGAGGUGGAAGGAUUUACCCUUCACCAGAGUCUCGCAAUAGCAAGAUAUUUGACUAAAAGCACAGAUUUGGCUGGCAAGACAGAGUUGGAGCAAUGUCAAGCUGAUGCGGUUGUGGACACACUGGAUGACUUCAUGUCACUUUUUCCAUGGGCAGAGAAAAAUCAAGAUGUAAAAGAACGAACAUUCAAGGAAUUGCUCACAUGUCAUGCACCUCUUCUUCUGAAAGAUUUGGACACAUACUUAGGGGACAAAGAGUGGUUUAUUGGUAACUAUCAGGUGACAUGGGCAGACUUCUACUGGGACAUCUGCAGCACCACACUUCUGGUCUUAAAGCCUGACUUGUUGGACAUCCACCCCAGGCUGGUGGCAUUGCGGAAGAAAGUGCAAGCUCUCCCUGCCAUUGCUGCCUGGGUACAAAGGAGGCCACAGACCAAACUCUGAUACAGGCUACAGCACCAGAUGAGAGAGCCAUAUCAGCCUGCCAGAUGAUCCAUACACUUCUUACCACCACUAAACUCUGUUGUAUUCUGCUUGCUGUGAUUCUUUUUGUUGUUUCUGUAGGCAUUUAGUUUACAGCAUUUUCUUUUUUCAGGACUUUCCAUUUUUUAUAAUUGAAACAGUUCACAAUACAUAUUGCUUUGCGCUGACUAUCAACAUGCAUGGAUGCUUUAGUUAAAAUACUAGUUUCCUGGCUAGUGUGUCAAUUACCACAACAUUUUAACUAUAAGAAAUCAUGUGAAAUACAGAUUUUGCAAGUAGAUCUUUGGUCAACAAAUCAUUACACUAAAAAACAAUGCCUAUAAUGCUCUGUGGCUAACCAUGUCAUUGACCACCAUUGUACAUGUUAUUCAGGUAUACACCAAAGUGUAUAGAUUUGUUUCCCAAAAAUACACUGUGUCUGGCAUGUCAUAAAUUGAGUACUAAAAAGAGGGAACUCUAAAGACCAAAGUACAGCCAAGGAAAGUGAUGUUGGAGCUUAAUUCAAACCCAACAGAAGCAGAAUUACAGAAGAAGCUGACUGUGAAUUCAGUACUGCCACAAUUUAGGAGGCUGUAGACAAAGGAGCUUCAUCAGCUCACUGACAAAGUUAGGUGCCCAGAGACAAGGGACAGUGGGUUACAAUAAACCUUUGCAGCAAAAACCAGAAAUCAGUGGAAUCAGAAGGCAAUCCACACACUGGGAGAAAGUGUGUGCACAACAUUCAACUGGUAAAGAACUGUUAUGGAAAAUAUAUAAAGAACUGUGAAAAGUGAAUAGCAAGUACACAAACAACCUGAUUAAAAUGUCAGCCGAGGAGCUGACAUGUAAGACGUUCUACAGGUGGCCACGAGCAUGUGAAGGGGUGCCGACAUAAUGGCUUCUGGGAAUGAUGAUAGCUGUGCAGACUGGAGUGGAGAUCUCAGACAUCAGAUAAACACUGGAGAGGCAGUGACGUAAUGGGAACUAGGGCUGACGGGCCGAAGGUAAAAGGUGGCGCCAUGAGACCUAGUUUCGGGGAAAAGCCCUUUGACCACCAGGACCAGUAGUCUCACACUGUGGUGUUCACCAAAAUGAACUGAACGCAUGCCCACAUUAAGCCUGAACAUGCAUGUUGGGUACUGCUUUACAUAUAGCUGUCAAAACUCUUCAGCAGGAAAGAGAGAAAUAAACUUUGGUUCAUACAGAUCAGGGAUGGUUACUCAGGGCUGAAUGAAAGGAGCCUAUACAAAAAGGAUCCAUCUACAUAGAACGCUGGAAAAAGGACAAUGAAGAUAAUGAGAAGCUACCCAGGUCAGGGAUGACAUGGGCAAGGUUGGUGGCAGAUGUGGGGUAGUCAAACUAUUUAUUCUGUGGGAUGCUGUCUGCAGUGACAGGUGCAUGUCCUCACAUUUAUAAACUGACUCAGAAUGCAGAACACCACAAGUCCGCUGUAAAGCAAACUAGCUUACAGGAGACCAGAUGUUGAUAAAUGGGAGGCUGUAGGUGUGGGGACAGGAGUAUAUCAGAGUAUCAGACUGCUCCUUAGUGUUACCAAGAACAUGAGACUUCUUUGAAAAAAAAAAAAUUCCAAAAUCUGUGUUAGCUUUUUAAUCACCGACAAACUGUGAUACAAAUGGCUUACAAAAAAAGAUCUCCGUGGCUCUAUCUCAUAGACUUCAGCUCAAUGAUUAGCUGGCUCCAUUGGGUUGGAUCUGUGGAGAAGCAAAAUGUAACGGUGGGCAGUGUGUAGCAAAAUGACUGUUGUUUACUUACCUUAUGGUGGCUGGGAAUCAAAGAGACACACAUAAUCCUCUGUGGGCCAGUGAAAUGGCUCCAUGGAUAAAGGUACUUGAAGCCAGCCUGAAGACCUGAGAUCAACCUAUGGCACCUACGUAAUGGAAGCAAAAGACUAACACCUACCUAUGUGUCCUCUGACC